UUCUCCGGUUUCCCUAAUUCAAUUUUAUAAUAGACUCCUGCUCGACCAAAUCAUCCCGGGUGCUCACCAGCUUCCUGAGGACCGGAGAAGUGAAACUUUUGACUUUGGCGAUCGAUAAUGGAGUGGGAGAGUGAUGAUAAAGAACUAAAGGCGGCCGGAGCUGAACCUCUUCCGGCCGGCCGGCGAGGAGUCCGCAUUCACGGCUGGGAGAUCGACUGUCGCAAGCUUUUCAUUCUCAAUUCUGUUCAUCUUCAACGAUGGGAAAAAGAACUUCAGACAACUCACUUGCCGGAGAUGGUAUUUGGAGACAAUUGUUUGGUGCUUAAACAUAUGAAUAGUGGCACAAAAUUAUUUUUCAAUGCAUUUGAUGCUUUAGUUGGUUGGAAACAUGAGGCAUUAUCGCCUGUUGAAGUUCCAGCGGCUGCAAAAUGGAAAUUCAGGAGUAAACCUUUGCAACAGGUGGUGCUCGACUAUGACUAUACCUUCACAACACCUUACUGUGGAAGUGAAACCGUCGAAAGAAAUGUCGAGUGUGGAAGUGCAAUACCUGAAGAAGGAAGCAGCUGCAUUCAGUGGGAGGAUUGUAAGGAGAAAAUUGAUUUGGUUGCAUUGGCUUCUAAAGAACCUAUUCUCUUUUAUGAUGAGAUAAUCUUAUACGAGGAUGAACUGGCUGAUAAUGGGAUCUCACUUUUGACUAUUAAAGUGAGAGUCAUGCCUAGUGGUUGGUUCCUAUUGCUGCGUUUCUGGCUUAGGGUUGAUGGAGUGCUCAUGAGACUAAGAGACACACGUUUGCAUUGUUUAUUUGGGGAGCGUAACAAAUCCUGUAUUCUCCGUGAAAGCUGCUGGAGAGAAACCACAUUUCAGGCCUUGGCUUCUAAAGGAUAUCCCUCUGAUGCUGCUGCAUAUAGUGAUCCAAGCAUCAUCGCUGACAGGCUUCCCAUUGUUAUGCAGAAGACUCAAAAACUCAAUAUUGGAGUGUCCUAUGACCAGAAUCUGGUUUAUAUAGGUGUUGUGCAAAAUCCAAUAGCAAUAUCUGGUCCGGCAUCUCCUCGCAACCAACCCCAACAAACAUCUUCAUGAACUGAUGUCCCACAAGCUGAUCAGAAGGUCGUUACGUCCGAUGAGAUCUGCCGACGAGAUUGCGAGAUUGCGAGAUCUGACCUCUGCUAGUUUUCCUGUGCAUCUGCCAAUUUUCCGACAGGGUUUCACACAAUUUUAGAUCAUAAAGUGACCGACGCAAUUGACACACUAGGCUAGAUAGUAUCAGAGUGAGUUAUCUUACAGUGAUUAGACCUGACAUUUCUUUUCUUGUGAGUGUUGUAUGUCGAUUUAUGGAUUCUCCCUUUGAUAGCCAUUGGUAUGCAAUUCACAUUUUGCGAUAUAUAAA